GUCCACCCGCGGUCACACUUUGUCAUUCACUUUUAUGCUCGGUCGUAGUAUCGGCCAGCAGCUACAAAAUUCGAAAAUAUAGAGAUUAGUCACCGAUUAGUACAAAGCCAACGUGACAAUAACUAAACUAUGUGUCUUGAAUAGUGCGUGCAUUUAUAUUUUCAUUCAUCGUUUAUCAUUUACCGAGGCUCCGCGUUUUCCUCUCUUUCGCACUCUUGGGUUUUGUGGCUGCCAACGUGACCCCGAAAGCUGUCAUUCUCGCGCACACUUUCACUUCAGCCCAGCAACAAAAACGAACAAAUAACCUAGCAUAAACAAUCAUUGUGCAAUACUGAUUACUGAAACUUUACGGCGGAUAUAAUGUCUUCGCAGGAAAAGGUUAUACGCGUUGGUUCGCGAAAGAGCGAGCUGGCUUUGAUUCAAACCAAACAUGUCAUCGGCCGACUGCAGAAGCUAUAUCCCAAGCAAAAAUUCGAGAUACACACCAUGUCGACAUUUGGUGAUCGUGUCCUGAACGUAUCUCUGCCCAAGAUUGGUGAAAAGAGCUUAUUUACCCGUGAUCUUGAGGAUGCGCUGCGUAAUGGGGGCGUAGACUUCGUAGUGCACUCGCUUAAGGAUUUGCCCACGGCAUUGCCAACAGGAAUGGCCAUUGGAGCCGUCCUAGAACGAGAAGAUGCCCGAGAUGCGCUGGUCCUGCGAGAGAACUUUAAGGGCCACACGAUAGCUUCGCUUCCUAAAGGAAGUGUAAUUGGAACCUCAUCUCUUCGCCGCACGGCUCAGAUCCGGAGGAUGUAUCCCCAUUUGACUGUCUGCGAUAUCCGUGGUAAUCUAAACACUCGAUUGGCCAAGUUGGAUGCCGCCGAUUCCAAGUUUUCUGGCAUCAUUCUCGCCCAGGCAGGUCUGGUGAGAAUGGGCUGGAUGAGUCGCAUCAGCCAGGUGCUGGAGCCGGCCGAUUUACUCUACGCUGUGGGACAAGGAGCCCUGGCCGUGGAGUGUCGGGCUAAUGAUGAUCAAGUUCUGGCCAUGUUGCAGAAACUAAUGUGCCUAAAUACAACGUGCAGGAUCUUAGCAGAGCGUAGCUUUCUGAAGACACUGGGAGGCGGUUGCUCUGCCCCAGUGGCUGUUUGGAGUAUCCUAAAGGGAGAACCCUUAAAUGGAAAUAGCCAGGAGGUUGGACUGUCCCUCACAGGCGCUGUUUGGAGCCUGGAUGGGGCCAUAGAGAUACGAAAUCACCUGGCUUGUGCCUUAAAUGAGGAGAAGUCGGAGGUCGAGCAGCGAAAACGUGGAGCCCAGGAAAGCAGCAGUCAGCCACAGGAGGAAAACAGCAACAGCUGUGAUUCCCCGCCAGCUACAAAGCGUGCUAGGAAUGGUAACGUUAGCUCCGGCUCUGGCUCCGAUUCCAAUUCGAGUAGCCCUCGACAGCAGGGCAGUCCUCCGGUGAUCUGCGAGGAUAUUGCCGCUUGCGAGGCUCUUUCCGGUUACAGUGUGGAGCAGCUCACGAAUCUGGCCAGUCAGUGUCCUGUGCUAAGCAAUAGCAGUGCUCUGGGAUCUUCCGGGAUUGGUGGUGGCGAUGCUGAUACCAGCAAUACCAAUACAACUGCCCGCCAGUGCCCACUGCGUUUGGUGGCCGGUCAGGAUGUCAUGGGUCAGUGUCCAGUGGCGCUCAAUCAGGCUAAGGCACCUGCCAAGUGUCCAGUAGCUCAUGCUGCUUCUGGGGAUUCCUCAAACAAAAACAAUGGCAAUGGAAAUGAAGCUGCCAAUACUGCCCAUUGUCCCCUUCAAAUGCCCGUGGGCCAAGACUUUAUGGGCGAAUGUCCGUACGUUAACAAGGAGACCAAGAUAUCCUAUGCUCAGGCGGGCAAGUGCCCCGUGACUGGAGGUCUUGCAGGACCACCAACUUCUAUUCUCCCCACACCACCAAGCAGUAGAGCCAGUAAUGCCAGUAGCAUUGGGGAUGAUGUGGACAAUGUGGCCACUUCCUCCAAGUGUCCAUUUUCGGCGAUGCAUCAUGGCAGCGGUCUGGAGGCCUUGAACAAGGAUAAUGGAAACACAGCACAAGCCAAGUGCCCGUUCCUGCAGAAAACGGUUCAAAUGUUUGACUACGCCGACGAAGAGCAACCGACGCCGCAGCAUUCGGUGCUCAUUGAGGAUGUGCAGAACUUGUUCUGCGGGCUCUACCAGCACGCCUGCCACAGUAGGGGGAUCUACGAGAAAGCCAAUCAGCUGGGGAAGACGCUGGCCGAGGAGCUGAUCAAGCGAGGAGCUCUGGAUGUGAUGAAGGUGGCCCAGGCCGAAAUUCACGGCAAGGUGACGUCUUAAGCACAAGGCUAGCACCCUGAAUCCAAUUCCCCCACCUCCUAUCAGCUGUCAUCAAUAUCAUCGUUUACAUUAAGUAGAAAAGUGUAACUAUUGUUUUCAUUUCAUUUGUUGAAUUAUAUGGAAAAUCCAUAUCCAAGCUUUCCCAGAUUUAACAUAUUGUUGGUUUUCGCGUACAUGCUAUUGUAGUUGUUUUUGUUUAGGGGAAUAUGACAAAUAAAUGUAUAAGAAAUCAUA